AUGACCGAUGAGGAACCAAUGGAUGGAAUUGUAGUAAAAAUGGAGGAUCCGCUCUCCGUGAAUCCACUUUCAGUCGGGAGUUCUAGAGGAGAAGAGGCUCAGGUAUGUGCAAUCUGCGGAGACAAGGCCACUGGGAAGCAUUACGGGGCAAUCUCGUGUGAUGGAUGCAAAGGAUUCUUUCGACGAACUGUUCGAAAACGACACAAUUAUGUCUGCAGAUAUAGUCACACCUGCAAAGUGGAUAAAGAUCAUCGAAAUACAUGUCGAAGGUGUCGCUUCGAUGUUUGCAUGAAAAUGGGGAUGAGAAAAGAAGCUGUACAGGCUGAAAGAGAUCGAAUCGCUAAACCAUCUCCAGCAGCCACUGUUGCAGAGGAACCACUUUUGGAGGAACUUCUUCAAGCUGAGGCUGCAGUCAGACAACUUCGGUCAUCCGUCAUUACAAGAACCUCCGAUGCUAGACAUGGGGAAGCUACUACAAUUGAUGUCACCGACAGUAUGCAUCAACAAUUAGUCUUGAUGGUUGAAUGGGCAAAACGGCUGGCCUCAUUUGCAAAAUUACCAAUGUCGGCUCAAGUGGGACUCUUGCGCCAUUUCUCGGCUCAACAUCUUGUUAUGUGCGCAGCUUUUCGGUCAAUACCCCUCGAUGAUGCGGUUUGGUUGACAAAUGAGACGAGAUUGCACAAAAACUCGAAAGAUGUCCCCGAUAUGAAUCGGGUCGCCGCUCGGAUUGUCGAUCAGUUGACAGUGCCGAUGAGACGAUUAGAGAUGAAUGAAAUCGAGUACUGUGCAUUGAAGGCUGUAGCAUUUUUCGAUCCAAUCGCAAAGGGUGUUGAUGAUUCGUGUGGUGAUGUGGAUCUAACAAGACAACAGGUUUUGGAUGCUUUUGAGCGCCAUGUUCGUUUUGUGUCUCCAUUACGUGAGAAUCCCCGUCGUUUCUCUCAAUUUCUUCUCCUCCUUCCACCAAUUCUUGGAAUCGCCCGUGAUCUCAUCGAAGACGUUCAAUUGGCUAAACUUUUCGGUCUAGCCUCAAUCGAUCGACUGAUGGCCGAGCUGAUGUUACCGGGUGAAUCGGUGCAUGAAGAUGGGAAAAAUGGUGUUGAUGGAUCACCGAUGAAUGGCGGAAUUGGAGCAGCUUCUCUCAACAAUUUUUCCACCAAUCAUCCAUCCCAACCUAGUUAUCAUUGUCACUCAAGUGAAUCGCCGAAU